AUGAAGUGGAUAGCUCUGAUCGCUCUAAUCUCAGUAUUAAAUACCUUUCAAAACUUUCUGACAUUAAAGUUUACCAAGAACAUUUAUAGUAAAAAACCACAACUCGUAAAUCCCCUUCAAUCACGUACUUUUGGAGUAUGGACACUUACAUCUGGAUUAAUUCGACUCUAUACCGCUUAUAAUAUCAACCAUCCUGCAUUGUAUCAAUUAACAAUUGGUUCUUAUCUGAUUGCAUUCUUUCAUUUUGGAAGUGAAUUGAUCGGAUUUAAAACUUGUCAAAUUAGUUCUGGUUUGAUUUCUCCUUUGAUUGUAGCUUCUACUUCUUUGAUUUGGAUGUUAAGACAAUAUGAUUUUUAUGUGAAGUAA